CCACGCGCGUCACGUUACGUGACGCCACGCCGAGCCGGAGGGACGAGGAAGCGCAGGCCCCGGCUGGCCCGGAAACCCGGAGAGCUGCUCCCGGGGCUGCCAUGAUUGAAUUGGUGGCAGAGCUGAGCCGGGGCCCCGUGUUUCUGGCUGGGGAGGCGCUGGAGUGCGUGGUGACGGUCACAAACCCCCUAUCUCCCACGGCCACCUCUGCGUCCAGUGAAGCAUUGGCCUGGGCCAGUGCCCAAAUACAUUGCCAGUUCCAUGCCAGCGAGAGCCGUGUGGCGCUGCCCCCCCCAGACUCCAGCCAGCCGGAUGUGCAGCCUGAGAGCCAGACCGUGUUCUUGCCGCACCGAGGUGAGCGGGGUCAAUGUAUACUAUCCACUCCUCCAAAGAUUCUGUUUUGUGACUUGAGGCUAGACCCUGGAGAGUCCAAAUCCUAUUCCUACAGUGAAGUGCUUCCUGCGGAAGGGCCACCAUCUUUUCGGGGUCAAUCUGUCAAGUAUGUCUACAAGCUGACCAUUGGCUGCCAGCGGGUCAACUGCCCCAUCACUUUGCUUAGGGUGCCACUGAGGGUACUUGUGUUGACUGGCUUCCAGGAUGCCCUGUUUCCCCAGGAUGAGGCUGUGGCUCCCUCCAGCCCAUUCCUGGAAGAAGAAGAAGCAGGUAGAAAGGACUCAAGACUAGCAGAAUUGGCAGGAGAGUUCCUCAUGGCUGCUACCUCCCGCCGCAGUUUGUAUCUAUACAAUAUCAGUGACGGUCGCGGGAAGGUUGGGACCUUUGGAAUCUUCAAGUCCGUGUACAGACUUGGGGAGGACGUAAUAGGGACCCUCAAUCUGGGGGAGGGGACUGUGGCCUGUUUGCAGUUCUCAGUAAGUCUACAGACAGAAGAAACUGUCCAGCCUGAGUAUCAGCGGCGCCGGGGGGCAAGUGGGGCUCCAUCUGUGUCCCAUGUCACUCAUGCCCGACACCAGGAAUCCUGUCUUCACACAACCAGAACUAGCUUCUCUCUUCCCAUUCCAUUAAGCUCUACCCCAGGCUUCUGCACAGCCAUUGUGUCCUUGAAGUGGCGGCUACACUUUGAAUUUGUGACAUCUCGGGAACCUGGCUUAGCAUUGCUCCCUCCCAUGGAACAGCCUGAGCCUGUGGUCUGGACAGGACCUGAACAAGUGCCUGUGGACACCUUCAGCUGGGAUCUCCCCAUCAAGGUGCUGCCCACAAGCCCCACACUGGUCUCCUAUGCUGCUCCAGGUCCCAGUGCCAGCACUGUCACCAUCUGAUCUAGGCUCCGAUUACCCCCCUGUGGCACUGCUGUGUUUGGACACAGCACGAAAAACAAGACUCCUGUGUGGCCCUUUCCUUCCCUUCUGGGGCUGUAUGAGUCUGAGAAGGGACUUCAUGGCAGGCAUUUGGUGGUCCAUUUAUUUAUUUAGAAUAAAUUCACAGCUGCUAGUGGUUUCCUUGGAGGUGGCAGCAGCUGCAGUGGGCAGGCAGGCAGCAAAGUGGAUGGUCAGUGGAACCUAACUGGGACGUGGUCCUGGGGCCCCAGAGUCAGGGGUGUUGGCUGAGCCCCAUUCAGGAUCUGGGGGGCCUCCUCUGCAGGGCAGGUGAGGGGCAGAUUUUUGUACCAGGGAGAUGUGGCAGGUCCCUUCCUCUCGUCGUAUCUCACACCCAGCUGGGAAGUCGAUGGGAUGCUGGGACCUAAAUGAACGUGAUGGGUAAGGAAACUUCACACUGAGGUACUGUCUCCUCAGUAGUUCUGCCUCCAGUUAAAUCAUUCUAUUUCAGGUGUCCUUAUUUUAAAUACCAAGAUGAUGAUUUGACUUCUACCCUGGACAUUCUCCUAUUCUGUAUUCCUCUCCAAAUCCCAAUACAACAUAUUCUUCCUUUUCCCCCUGCCUUAAUCCCUUUUUGUCACAUCUAGUUAAUCCUGUGUCAUCUACUUAUUUUCCUCCUCCCAAUCUCUCCUUCCUCAUUUCUAGCCAGUCCCAUUUUAGUAACUCCAAGUCACUUACGUAUCACAGCAGCCCACACCAACGGGAUGUAGGCAGGUACAGUGGAAACAGUCAUUUCGGAGCCAGGAUUCACCCAGGGUAAAAUAUUUCCCCUCAUAGUGACACGGAGCUGAGGAGAAAUGAGGAAAGUUAGUGGGGAUGGGAUGAAAAGGGCUUUGGCCUGGCAUUGGAAAAUUACACUAUUCUAAUUUUUUAUUUGUUUGUUUUACUCAAGAUUACAGGGGGAUUUGUAAAUCACUUGUACUCUGGGCAGGGAGAAGAGUGGGAAAGAAGGAAAAGGGGAGCAUCCUUCCUUAAAUAAGAAGGAAGUAUGCUUGUGGUAAGGAUCAGACUCAAAUCAUCUCCCCCAAGUUCCCCAAUUUCCCAUUUUCCUGCUCUCCCUUUUUUCAUCUGCUUUACCUUGAGCUUGAAAGUAGCAUUUGCUGUGAGCUCCUUGCAGUUGCAAGAGGAGUGAAAUCACCAAACAGAUGGUUCCCCAGCUUCUUGGGGUCCCCCUAGUUCUCCCUGUCCACUGCCGAAGUGCCAUUCCUGCAGGGUUAGCUUACUCUGUCUUGUCUCCUCUACUUCUGUCUUCCCUCUUAGUCUGUCUCCCCUGGGCUCUUGUCUCACACCAUUCUAUGCCCUCUGCUCUUGCAGGCAUGGGGAUGUUUAUAAAGUGAGGACCCUGGCCCCCUGCUGAGGAGAGCUGGAAAAGCUGUAACUUGGUGUUUCCUGGGGUGAGGGCAUGAAAACAAGAGAUCCAGCUUUAACAAGCUGUGAGAGCUGAUUCAUGUCCCAGCACAGCUUGGGAGGGGUGAGGGUUGGUGGACAUGGAAGGGAUACUGAACUGGGCACUUCCCCAGUAAAGAGAAGUGGGAGGGGUGGUGGACUGCUAGGUGGUCCCCAGAUCUUUUCCCUGACCUAGGGAGGAGGGAGCAUUUUUUUCCUUUUUUCUGUUCGUUCCUUCUCCCAAAGUGGGAGGGUGUAGGGUAUUGGGAUUCCUGCCUGGACCGGAGGGAGGCAUUUCCUGGGGACGGUUAGUUCUGUGUCCCAGCCAAACCAAGGAUCUGCAGUGGGGCGCGACGGCCAGAGGCUCCAGAAAAGGGAACUAAUGUUGCUGUUGCUACCUGGAUUGAAGAGAGGUCGCUCCACAUCUGAGAUUGCUCCAGAGAUGGGGCUACUACCUCAGGUGGAGCUUUCAUCCUUUUUACAUAUCCCUCUCCUUUUCCCCCUUAUUUGAGUUUCCCCUUCCCCUCAAUCUGUUAGAGAUGGAUUGACUUUUCCUUCACAGGUGGACUCUUCACACACAGGUGAAGGCUUUCAGUUGUCCUGAGAUGAGUUGAGGUAGGGAAUAUCUGUAACAUCCUAGAUAUGGGUUUCUCUAUCAGAUGUUCCAAAGAUGUCACUCCCCAUACAUAUCAGCAAGUUUCCUCUCAUUGUUCAUUUCUCAUCUCCAAUCUCUCAAAACAUGGUUAAAACUUCCAUAAAUCCCCAUUUGUCCCCCUCCCCUUCAACAAACUUAUUGACUCUUUUUGUCUUAAGACAGCUUUCCUUAGUUCCCGGUGGGAAUUAUACUAAACCAGUAUAUGGACAAAUGUAAAAAUUUCUUUCUUCAUACCUCCUAAUCUGGGCCUUGGGAAGAAGGGAAGCAAAGUCCUGAAGUGUCCUUUGUUCUGGUGUUUUGUCUGGACCACAUUAAACUUCUCAGAAGUCUUCUGUUUGUCCAUUUACAAGGGGAUGGGUAAUUAGCAAAAACUUGCUAGACCCUUAUAUAUUGGACCAAAUGUAACAGGCCCUGAGUGCCUAUAUGGGAAAUCUCCAAGUCCUGCUUUUAGAACAGAAGGGGCUGCUGUACUCCUUGCCCUGGCUCCAGCUGUCUUUUGGCAGACUGCCCUCCUGUGCAUCAUCUUACCCAUUCCCUCCAUCUCAUGUCCCUAGCAUCUCCCAUUUUUCACCUGUGUAUCAUUGGAAGAUUCCUUUAGGUGGGUGGUAGAGGCACUGUUGUGUAAAGGGAAGAACAUUGAAUUUGGAGGCAGAUUUGACUAAAUCCCAGCUUUGUUGCUGUGUGAUCAUUAAUUUCUCUGGACUCAGUUCCUCCAUAAGAGGGUGGGAGGAGGGCAGACGGUUUUAUAAGGUCCCAGAAUUCACAGAUUCUGUGCUAUUGGCAUUAAAUUCAUAUUCUGGAGCUGGUUGGCUCUAAUCCCUGUUCCCUCCUGCCCCUUUGUUUUUGGAGUAAGUGGGUUAAGGGACUUGCUUAGAGUCACACAGCCUAGUAUCUAAGGCUGUAUUUGAACUCGGAUCCUCUUCACUCCGGGGCCAGUACUCUGUCCACUGCUGCCACCUAGUUGCCCCUCCCUUUUCACUCUUAAAAAUAGGUGUAGCUGAAUCUUACACUAGCCACUAGCAGCCUUUCCCUUCCCAACGGAAACUUAAAGCCUGAAGGAGAUGGACUAUUCUCUAUUCCUUGGCUCUUAAAUUUGAUUUGAACUCUGCUUGAUUCAUGAUUUUCUUAUUCUCAACAUUCCUGGUUGGGUCAAGUAUCUCAUUGACUCCUAAAUUGUUAUUCCCUCACCCCCAUAUGUCAAUUCUUUCCAAAUGCCAUUGUCAAAAUUGAAGGACACUGCAUUCAUCUCCGAUUUCUCAAAACAUGAUUAAAACUUCCAUAAAUCUGCAUUUGUCCCAUCUCUCUCCCUUCCAACAAAUCCUUCAGCUCUCCUUGACUUAAGACACCUUUCCUUAGAUACUGUGCACGGGUUAGGAAUGAAUCUUAAGGAAACCCAUCCCUUGGACCUGUACCAAAUUUUUUAUGUCCUUAGUCUUCUCCCUUCCCUUCCCUCCCCUCCCCCUUCCCCAGCCAGCCCUCUCCCUACAUUGCAGGUGAUUUCCAGGAAAUUACCAAGGUGCUCUGCAUCUGGAUCCUUACCCCUUCACAGAAUGAGUACCGAAGAAAGCUUAAAAAAGAUCAAACCGUGAAUUGUGUCAGGAGGAUGCGGGGUACCAACCUGCAAGGGUUGUCUUGGGGCAGGUUAUUUCGAUUGCAGUGAGUGAAUUUAGCCUAAAGCCAUUAGCGACACCAUCGACUACUACCUCUUCGAAGUUCGUGGGGCUUGGAGACUGGCUUCGUUAAUCCUCUUUUUCCUCUCCCUCUCCAACUGGUGGCUUGCCGUCUCAGGGGAAAUAGGGGAGGUGCAGAGGUUUGUCUAAGGGGAACCUAGAGAUCUGAGUUCUUGUUGGCCUAUUAAAACCGGACGUGUGAGGUAUAUGGACUGAAGGUAAAUGGGUUGGUGAGCGAGGGGCGAGAGCUUAGGAGUGUAGGUAGCUAUUAUGCCGGAGGGUUGAGUAGUUGCAUCCUGAGAGAGGUUUGUCUGUCGAGCCUCAUUGGAAUGGUGCUGAUGGGGUCUUCUAACUGGCUGUGCCUAUGUUUGUGUACCAGCUUGUGGCUUGGGAUAAGAAGUGUUUGGGGUUGGCUUUGCGGAUGCAUAGUGGGGGAGGAGUGGUGUGCCGUCUUUGCUGUAUGUAGUUGGGGGAGCAGAACCAUGGCUACCGAAGACUGCGCUGUGUACUUGCAGAGCGUUAGUGGGGGUAAGGACUGUGGGCGUGCGCGGAGAACCUGUGCUCGGCUGGGGACGUUGGCGCGCGCCAGUAUCCGCGGUGCGGGAGGGAGGGAGAGGUGGGGGUGUGAGCCGGCGGUUGGCUCACGCGGUGCUAGUUCUCGGUGCUGGGGGCGGUGGUGGUGGUGAGGGUGAGCGGGCGGUUGGCACGCGCCGGCCCCGCGGGGACAAGCAAAACAUCCGCCGGAGGCCGGCCCGGGCCGGGCGGUGCUCCAGGAAUCCAGGGCAGGUGCGCGGCUGCUGUGAGGAAGUGAGCACAUUCCGGCCCCCUGGCCUGCGGGCGGACCGGCUGGCCCUCCGGGUGAGUCACCCCCGGACUCCAGGCCUCUGCACGCACUGCCUGUAGGCCGGGUAGGCGGGGAGCUCAGCGGGGGGGCUGGGGAAGAAGGGAGGCCAGGUAGAGACUAGAGUGGGCUAGGGAGCCCGAGGGCGGGUGGUGUGGGGGCGUGGGUAGGGAGAAGAAUUGGGGCAUCCCGAGAUAGUCGUGUAGACUCAGCCAGUGCAGUUAAAAUUCACUUCUGUGCCCCUGACUUAAGGUUUAGAAAUUAAAUAGGCGUUUUUAAAAUGUAUUCUUUUUGCUCAGGGCUUCUCCCAAAGUGGUGCCUAACUGCCUGCUUUGUUAUUUGCACUCUGAUUAGUCUGCCGAGCUUUGCCAUCUUUUGAGAUCUACAAUUUGGUGGAGCCGGGUGGAGAAGGCAGGUACUAUUAAGGCUUUACACAGGUGAAUGAGAAAGACCAGGCUGGCGCUCGAGCUAGAGUGAAUGGCCCUAGGGCAGAACCCGUUCUUCUAGUUUCUCGCUAGAGCCCUUAAAAAAAAUUUUUUUUUUAAACAUUCUCUUGCCUGCCUAUUCUCCCCACCUCCAUUAAUCACUACCCUCUAGAAGUUUAUAAUCUCACCUGGGUGACAGUACCUAGCUUUUAUUAAACACCUACCACAAGAUCAUAAAUGUGUUGUCCUUGACUUUUGUAUACCCAGUCUUACGUGUCUGGAAAUGGCUAGCCAAGAAGCUAUAAUUACUAGUCUCUUUAACUGCCUCUACUUGAGCAUUUUCCUCUCUUCAUCUUGUGUUUCAUUUCACCCAGAGUUCAGCAUACUAGUUUCCAAGCUCUGGUUAUAUUAUUCUACAUUUUGUUGAAGACGAUCUUUCCUCCCCAGUUUUUUUUUUGCAACGCUAAAACAAAAACCUAUUAAAGUAGCUCAUUAAGGUGGUUUGCUUGCUUGGGACUAUAUAAUGGAAAACUGAAAUGGAUUUUGGGGGACAUAUUUUGGCAGCAGUUCUUUGAGAACUUCUUGAGAACGGGGAUUGUCUUUUGUUUCCCAUUAUAUAUAGCUUAGACAACUAGUGUGACUUAGUGAUACCGACCUAGAAUCAGACCCGAGUUCAAAUUUGACUUUACUCAAUAGUUGAGUGAUGUUGGAUAAGUCACUUAGCCUCUUUUAUCUUCAUUCACUGGGGAAGGAAAUGGCAAACCACCCAGUAUCCUUGCCAAGAAAACCCCCGUUGGGACUGUGGUAUGCUUUGUGUCAUGGGGUCAUGAAGAAUUGGAUAGGACUAACUACAUCCCUAGCACAGUUCCUGACACUUAACAGGCAAUUAAUAAAUGCUUAUUGACUGAAUUGAGAAAUUCUGGUUGGAAGCAGUAGGAAUGUUUUCUUUUUGGGGCUCUUAGGGGGAAAAAAAAGGUUGUAAUAGCCCCUGGCUCUGCCCUGAAGAUGUAUACUAGUUCUAGGUCACUUAGAAGCCCUACCUGCCUUUCCCUCUUUCUGGAACUCCUGUUCCAGACUGUGAGGUACCACUAAAAUCGUAAGGCUGGGGAAAGAGGGACAGUACAAGUCCCACAGGAAGGGAAGAUGUGUUUCUAGCAUCCCAGGGUGAAACUCAUAGCAUUCUUAAUCAUAGAAAGGUUAUUAUGUAUGGUGAUUCAGUUUUGCAAUAUUGAUGUUGUAUAAUGUUGUACUUCAUGGGGUAAAUAUAUGGGCUAGUCUUAAAUAUACAAUCAUACUAUGGAGUUAAUAUUUCUAAACAGCUAAUUUUUGGAAUAAUAUUUUGUUUUUUUCCCAUGUAAAAACAAUUGUAAUACUUUAAAAAAGGUUGAAUUCCAAAUUCUCUUCUACCUUCCUUGCCUCUUCCCUUUAUGAGUCAGUAAGCAAUUUGAUAUAGGCUAUGCAUGUUCAAUCAGCAAAACUUUUCCACAGUGUAUAUAUACAAACAAUACCCAAUGAAAAGAUAAAAGUGAAAAAUAAUGUGUUUUAAUGGGCAUUGAGGCUCCAUUAAUUCUCUCUUUGGAGGUGGAUAGUUUUUUCAUCAAGAUUCCUUUGGAAUUGUCUUGGAUCAUUGCAUUGUUGAGAAUAGCUAAGUCAUUCAUAGUUGAUCAUCAUUAUUGCUGUUAAUGUAAUGUAUAUAACAUUAUUCUAAUGCUUAAUUCAUUUUUCAUCAGUUCAUGUCAUUUCAGGUUUUUAUAUUGUCUAGAGUUAUUUUAAAUGGAAUCUUUUAACUCUUCCUGUAAACACACUUAUUUAAACACACUUUUUAAACACACUUAUUUGGUACAACUCAUUUGUCAGUUAGAGACUGUCUUUAUCCAUAUGAAAUACAAUAUGAUUUAAAAUGUUUUAUGAUUUCAAAGAUUUUUACAGGUAAAGAUGAGCUAGAAUAAGUGAUUGUGACAUUAUAGGAGAGAAGGGAACUGAAUUGGGCCUUAAAAGAUGGGUUGAAUUUAGAUACUAUUGGAAUUUGGCAUUUGAGAUGGAAGGAGCCACUCUCUAUGAAUGUGUAUGGAAGGAUGUAUAUACAGGGACUGACUCUUGUGGUGACUGAUUCUUUUGGAAGGGAUUAUGUAUUGAGGAAUAGUCAUUGUUAAGCUUGGUUUGCCAAGAAAACCACAAAUGGGGUUGUGAAGAACUGGAAACAAUUGAAAUGACUAAACAAGUUUGGGUUCACAGAGGUAGAAUCAAGUUAAGGAAAAGCUGUCAUUUUUAGCAUGAGAAGUUCUGACAUGAUCUCUUUCUCAUUAUAGGUCUUUGAGCAAAGCGAAGAAGUAUUGGGAUGAUACAUAGUAGAGAUAAGUUAACCAUACUUGUCAAUCAUUGUUUUCAGUUACUUUUUUCAUUUUUGUUUUUGUAUCUCUAGUAGCUUGAUACAGUAGAUGUUGAAUUGUCCUUUUUCAGUGAAUUGGGUAUGCAUUGGUGAAUCUGUUAUACAGAAUCUGUUAAUAUGGUAAUUUUUAUUUAAUUCACUUUGCAUGUUGUAUACUUUGUUGUUCAGUAAUGUCCCUUCAGUAGUGCUGUUCGUUAGGGUCUUUGGGACCCAUUUAGGGUUUUCUUGGCCGAGAUACUAGUUUACUAUUAUAUUCUCCAGUUUGCAUAUAUAUUUUAUCCCUGUAAUUUUCUUCUACUAUACUCUUAUCAUCAUCAUCACUUUUAACUCAACUUGUAUCUGAAAAUUUCCCUGAGCCAGAAGAAGUUUUGUUUUUUUUUUUCUCCUACUCCAUAAGGAAAUAUGGCCUAAGUUUCUUAUAAGCAAUUUAGAGUUUUGCCACUAAUUAUAAAAUAAUUCCAUUUUAAAUUUCUUUUAAAACUUUUGGAAAAGAUCCAGGGCUUCCAUGUAUUGUGCAAUGACAAUGAAUUCUUGGCAAUUUUGAGACCUUAUUUUUUUUUUUUUUCAGAUAAAAUAUUUUGUUUAAAAAACCCCUCAAAAUUUAAUGAAAAAGUCAUUUGUUAGCUUAAACACCCAGAUAUGGAUUAAAUUUAUGAAAGUAAUUAACUUUAAAAAAUAUUACUAGCAAAGGUUAGGUAAAAAUGGAAAUUUUAUUCAAAAAUAUGAAAUGCAUAAAUAUAUCUGGACUUAAUAUAUCAAUACACAUUUCAGAUUUAAUUAAGUAAGAUAAAUAGUUGGAGUGAUUCAUUUUUCUUGGUUGGGCUGUGCCAAUUAUAACAAAAAUGCCUCUACUACCUAAAUUAAUUUGUGGGUUUAUUGCCAUCUUAAUGAAACUACUAAGUUUCAUUACUUAAGGGAAUUGAUUACUUUUCAGAACCAGACAAAAUAACAAUAAAUAUUUGUUUGGGGAAAACAAAAUCUCUAUUGAGUUUUAAGGAAAAUAAUGGGGGGAAAAGAAAAUGAAUGAUUGCCACUCUGUGCCACUCUGUAAGAGUGUGGUAUAGUAGAUAGAAGACUAAUCUUGGAGUUAGAAUACUGAGUUCAAAUCCUUGAUUCCAUGUGACUUGGUCAAGCCAUUCCCCCUCUCAGUGCCCUUGGCAAUGUAUAGAACUGUAAAUUGUAGAAUGAUAAUUACCAGUCUUUCUUUGCUGAGAGCUAUUUAUAUGAAAUGACAGGUCCAUGGGUCCAAACCCUUUUUUUCUGGGGAAAAAAAAUUUGGGGGGGGGGGCAAAACUUGAAAUCUUGCAUGGUGUUACUCUCUUUUAACACUAACACAUAGAUGACUAUUAAUCUCUGAUUCAAAAAAAUCAAAAUCUUUUAGACAAAAAGUAUCAUGAUGACUAAUUCCUCGGAUAACUCUAAAUGCUUGUUUUCCACUUAAAUUUUAUUCAGUUUUGAUGUUUUUGAUAUAUUUUAAAACUCAGAUUAUAAAUACUGUAUUUUUGCCCACUAAAUCUCAGCCUUUGGUUAAAAGCAAGGAUAUUCUGACCAGCUUCUACUUAAUUCCAUUACUCUCCUAUCCUAGAUCUAUUGUUUUUCUGUUUUACUCUUUCAAUCAGCCUAAACCUAUAUUAGUAGCUAUAUCUCAUCUCUUUUUCCUUUGUCUUCAUUCCUCCUCUGUUCUAUUGGGCACCUUUAGAGGAAAACUUCACACUGACUUCCUCUACUGUAAAUUCUUUCUUUCCUCAAUUCUACUCUUAUCCUUGCCGAUAAGCACCACUCCUCUUUUGUUGAUUCUUUAGCCCACAACUCUUUCUGGGUCAUUUCUUUUAGUUCUUUUAAACUCUUCUUCAUAUUACUUCUUAGUUUAUAAUCGUGUUAAAAAAAAAAAUUAAUGUUCUUAUCUCUCCAUAACUUGUAGUUCUUAGCCUUUUCCACUUUUCUUCCUUCAUAAAGUAGCAU